GAAAUUUCAUAGAAAGACAUUCACGUUUACUAACUAAACUGUGAGCAGCAGUAUGAAGCGUGCUAUAUGUGUGUGCCGACGCACGUCUGGAGCUGACGAGGCAGCUAUUUCGGGAUACGACUGCUUCGUCGAACAUACGCGUGAGUACACCGACUCGACAGUCCUUUGUCUGAUUAAAAUCAUAUUGGUCGUUACCUAUUUAAAAACACGCAUCCUCGCGCUGUUUUUGCGCGGAUGAAAGUGCGAUCUGUUUAUAAAAGUAUUCCAAAAUGGGAAAUAUUGCCAGUAGUGCCCCAACAAGGGAACAAGAAACUGGUAACGUCACAAGUGAAAGUGAAAUAAUGAACAACACAAAUAUUUCUAGUGUACAAGAAGGAAAUAUGAGUGUUGAACUUGACGGUAGUACCACCAAGGACGAAAAUGAAGCUCGAGCCAAGGCAAAAGAAGAAGAAAUGAACGAGUUCAGAAAGCAGCUUGAUAUAAAACGUGAACAAAGAAGACAGAUAUUGGCUCGACACAGAAACGAGAAAGAAGAAUUAGAAAAGGCGUUGCAAAAUGAAAAGGCGGAAAAGCUGGAAUUGUAUGAAAGUAAUAAGUUACUUUGUGAAUUGUUAUCGAGGAAUAACAUUGAAAUUCCUGAUAAUCUCUUGCAUUUAAAGGGAAAUAGUGAACUCUCAGACGCUUUAGCAAAAAUGAAUGAUGAAUUUGAUGAAUUAAAAGCCAACAAUUUGAAACUAAGAAAGGAUCUCUCUGGAACAAAUCGAGCGUUGCAGGAAGCCUACUCGGAUAUUGCAGAUUUGAAUGUUCAAAACACAGAAUCCAUUAAACAGAUCCGUGCUCUGAAGGAAGUAGUAUCAGUCAGCAAAACAAUGAUCAGUCUACGAGAACAACAAUUAAAUGAUCUAAAAGAUAAGUUAAACGAAAUAGAACGUACUCUAGCCGAUAGAGAGACUAAUCUGCUGUCUGCCGAUCUGAGACAAGAAUACGAGAGACAAUUACAAAACAUCCGCACAUUAAGAGGACUUUAUGAAGAGCGAGCUCGACUUGCUGAAGUCUCUAGACAACGGCUGGUGCGAGAGCUGGAUGAGCACAAAGUACUAUAUCAGACGGAAAACAAAAAGUGCAAAGAUCUCAAUACUAAAGUUGAGGAACUUGAAACAAAAAUAGAUUCAUUGAUAGAAACCAUUGAUAACAAAAAUUCACAAAUAUCUUCAUGCCAAAUCGAAACAAACGUAUUGAAGGCCGAAAUGGCAGUCGUUAACAAGCUUUUCUCUCAAGUAUUGCUGGGAGACAAAACCAAACAAGAUUUGGAUACAUUGGUUCAAAGGCUUGAGGAAAAUCAUGGACUACUGACACAGAUGGCGGAAAAAGAAAAUGGAUCAGAGGUCUCCUCUGCUUUACCCAAACUUUUGCUGGAACUAGUCAGUCAGGUCGAUGAUAAUGAAGAAAAAUACAACGCUGAAACUACCAAGGACGGAGAAGAAUCAUCAAAAGAGACAGUAGAGACAACAGAACAAGAGUCAGAACCUCAAAAACCUUCAAGCACCACCGCCGAAGAAAUAGUGGAAAACCUACCGAAAGUUUGGAAAGUACUUAUAGAACUUCUCAGUCAUCAAAAUGCACCUGAUGGGAACUCUCCAGAAAAAGUUACCACUUGUUAUAAAUCUGUUGAGACAAAAUCAGGACCUGUGUUAGUGCCAAGCGUUAGUCAGACGUACAUCAGAUUAAAGGAUCUAAUCUUAGAAAAAUUGGGUCUUAUAAAAGAGGUCAAUCGAAUGAAACAGUUGAAUGGGCACUUAGAAACACGUUUAGAAGAACAAGAACGGCGACUAUGUCUUGUUACAAAUGAAUUGAGCAAAACAUGGCAUGUUGUUGGUCGGUUGAGAAGACAUCAUCAUCAAUUGCAUACUCACGAAAAGAUACUUAAAUACGAAUUGCAACAAAAGAGAAAGCUACUAAACGAGCUUAAAGAAGAGCUUGAAUACUGUCGUGAAAAGUGGGAACAAGCCCGUGAAAAGAACACACAGUCGGAAAGAGACUGGAAAACACUUAGGGCGGAAUUUUCCAGUAGAAAAGCAAAGUCAUUUUCACCGUCAUUUAAUAAUUCCGGAGAAAGCGGAUACAGUGACGAAAGACCGUCAGAUGAAUCAUCUGAAUCGAAUGAUGAAAGUGAAUAUGUAGCUGAGACUCAUAUGAGAUGCAAGAGGAAACAAAAGAAAUCAUUCGAAACUAUUUUGGACUCCAGCACUGAUUUUAAUAAUGCUGAACGAGAAGAUCCUGCUAGUGAUAUGUUGGAUGUCGCUGAUUUACCAUUAGACACUCAAGAAAAUGAGGAAAAUCAUGACCUUAUAUCGGAACCCAGUCGAAGUGAACCGUUUCCGAAAAACGGAGUCAUUUGUGAAGAAACAGAAGAUGAAGCUGGAGAUAUUACACAUGAUGACUCUUGCCCUGAAGAAACGAAUAUAGAAGAAGAUAUCUGUAACAUUCAGCCAACCAUCCCUGACGAUGGCAAUGAUAAACAAAGCAAAUUACGUGCAGCACCAUCUACUAUAGAAGAAUCUUCAUCAAGUAGGCCACUAAUUGAUCCUGCUGAAAUUUUGAGAAAUGUCCGACUCCAAAACGAAAGAUUAGCUAAAAAGGACAAAAAAAUGAAUAAUCUUGAAGCAAACAGUGCCGCGUUGCUAAAAAAGGUGCAAACUACCGCAAGGAUUAGUGAGCAAAUAAAUAACACCUUAGACCAUCUUAUUAAUCGGCCCACCACAAGUGUUCCUACCGAAAAUUAUGAUGAAUCUGAAAAUGUCGUUGACAAUGAACUUAAAGGUGAUGUAGAUAGCGAGGAUCCGAUAACUUCAGAUGAAGUGUCCAAGGUCCCAAAAUAUACUGAUAAUUCUGAAGAUUUAACCGCUACGCGAAAAGAAACCAACGAUCAACAGAAUGAAUGUGACGAUUUUGCUAAAACUACUGAUGAACAUAAAAAAUUAUCAUCCAAUGAUAUUCCAAAGGAUGGGCCAAGUUGUGAUACACAAGGAACAAGUACAACCACCGAUUUUAAAACUAUACUAGAAAAUGUUAGACUACAAAAUGAAAGACUUGCAAAAAAAGAUGAAAGACUGCAUAACUUAGAAAGUAGUUGUUCUGAAGUAGUAAAGGCUAUUAGUAACACACUAAACACAGGAGACAAAAUGAUUGAGAGACUUGAAACUCUACAUAACGAUCAGAAUCCCAGUAGCAGCCGUGCAGAAACUGCUGACGAACCAAAAGAUGAUAAUUCUAGUUCUGACAAAGAAGAUUCUGUGGCAUCAACAUCCAAUGAAAUCGAUCAUGAAGCCCGAUUUGCUGCGCGUGAUUUACGAUUGAAAAGAUUAGAGGAACAAACCAAGUCACUCGUGAAUAAAGUGAACAAAACAAAUUCUAAAGGCGUGAAAAUACAUUACAAAUUGGAAGAAUUGCAUAACAUUUAUGGGUCAGAAAGUUCUCGGGCAGGUACACCUUCUGAAGACAAUGAAGAUAGGAGCAAUGGUGACAAUGAAUCCCCCGAGGAAUAAACAAUAAUUUUAAGUUCGUAUUGUCACACAGUUAAGUGUCUAAAUGUAUUUUUGCAUGCACCUAUAAAUUUUGAUGUUAUUGGAAUGAAAAUUGUAAAAUGUGUU